AGGUUCCUUCUUCCUAGCUCCAACAUUUACCCUUUGAACAUACUCUUAUGCCAGAGAAAAUCACAUAUGGUACUGAUGUUUGGAUAGAUAACUUCCAACAUAUCAUUCUGUUUGUGAUGUCUUUUCUGCAGAAACCCUGUGUCACCAUGAUGCACCCCUGUGGCCUACUAACCAGCCAACAUGAGCCAGUGCCACUGAAGAGUAUCUCUGUGAGCUUGUCCAUUUAUGAGUUUGUGGCUGGUGUGUCUGCAACCUUAAACUAUGAGAAUGAAGAGAAAGUGCCUUUGGAGGCCUUCUUUUUGUUCCCCAUGGAUGAAGACUCUGCUGUCUACAGCUUCGAGGCCUUGGUGGAUGGGAAGAAAAUUGUAGCAGAAUUACAAGACAAGAUGCAGGCCCAGACCAACUAUGAGAAUGCUAUCUCCCAGGGCCACCAGGCUUUCUUGUUGGAGGAAAAUGAUAGCUCCAGGGAUGUCUUCUCUUGCAAUGUGGGGAACCUCCAGCCUGGGUCAAAGGUGGCACUCACCCUGAAGUAUGUGCAGGAGCUGUCGCUGGAAGCAGAUGGGGCCCUGCGCUUCAUGCUCCCAGCUAUCCUGAAUCCUAGAUACGUGCUCUCUGGAUCGCCUAAGGACAGUUGCCUUGAUGUGAAGGCUCCUAUAGUCCCAUUGGAGAAGCUGCCCUACACACUCAGCAUGGUCACCACCAUCAAUUCCCAGCAUGGCAUUGAGAGGGUCCAGUCCAACUGCCCCUUGAGUCCUCUUGAGUACCUUGGAGAGGAUAAGACCUCUGCUCAGGUUUCCCUGGCUGCUGGACACAAGUUUGAUCGGGAUGUGGAACUCUUGAUUUACUACAGUGAGGUGCAUACCCCUAGCGUAACUGUGGAGAUGGGGAUGCCUAAGAUGAAUCCAGGUUGUUUGAUGGGAAAUCCAUCUGCAAUGGUGAGUUUCUAUCCAAAUAUCCCAGAAGCUCAGUCACCAAAUACCUGUGGAGAGUUUGUCUUCCUCAUGGACCGCUCAGGAAGUAUGCAGAUGCCCAUGAGUAAACAGGAUACUCAGUCACGCAUACAGGCAGCCAAGGAAACAUUGAUUUUGCUGCUGAAGAGUUUGCCUAUAGGCUGUUAUUUCAACAUCUAUGGAUUUGGCUCUUCCUAUGAUGCAUUCUUUCAGGCGAGUAUGAAGUACACUCAGCAAACCAUGGAGGAGGCAUUGGAGAAAGUUAAGCUUAUGCAGGCAGAUCUAGGGGGCACCGAAAUCUUGGCACCACUCCAGAAUAUUUACAAGGGACCCUCCAUCCCAGGUCACCCCUUACAGCUUUUUGUCUUCACAGAUGGGGAAGUUACUGACACAUUUAGUGUAAUUAAAGAAGUUGAGAUCAACAGCCAUAAACACAGAUGUUUCUCAUUUGGUAUUGGAGAAGGUGCCUCCACCAGCCUAAUAAAAGGCAUUGCCCGAGUUUCAGGGGGCGCUGCCGAAUUUAUCACAGGCAAUGACAGGAUGCAGUCCAAGGUUCUUAGAACUCUGAAGCAGUCUCUACAGUCUGUGGUAGAAAAUGUCUCCCUGAGCUGGGAUUUGCCUCCUGGCCUGUCUGCGAAAAUGCUUUCCCCAGAGCAGACUGUUAUCUUUCAGGGUCAGAGGUUAAUCUUCUAUGCCCAGUUGACUGGUAUGAUGCCACCAGCAGGGACAACAGGAGAAGUAUGCCUCAAAUAUACACUCCAGGGCAAGAGUUUUGAAGACAAAGUAACAUUUUCUCUCCAACCCAAACCUGAUGCCAACUUCACCAUUCACCGCCUUGCUGCCAAGUCCUUGCUCCAGACCAAGGAUAUGGGCUUCAGGGAGACCCCAGCAAGCGAUAAAAAAGAUGUGCUGAACCUCAGUCUUGAGUCGGGAGUAAUAAGCUCCUUCACAGCCUUUCUUGCUAUCAACAAGGAGCUCAACGAGCCAGUUCAGGGGCCACUGACUCGGAGGGACAUUCCAAGGCCAAUUCUGGCUAGUCCUGUCUUGCGGGCAUCAGGAACAGCUAGAAUUGGAUUAUGCAUGGCCCAAGCUUGUGAUUACGGCAGCAAGAGUAAACACAUGUUUCUCAGAAAGUCUUCCCCCAAGAUGGCAAAGACUAGUUCCUCCAGUAAUAGGACCAACUUGGAAACUUAUCAUACAGGAAGUAACCUGUUUGAAAAGCCUCAGGCAGAAGAGAAUCAUCUUGUGCAGCUGAUUUCCCUCCAAAAUGCAAAUGGUUCCUGGGAUCUGAAUGAAGAUCUGGCCAAGAUCCUAGAUCGAAGUUUGAAAGAUAUAAUGGCUGCACACCCUGCUGAGCUUGUGGAUUCCUCAGGCUGGGCCACAAUGCUGGCUGUAAUCUGGCUGCAAACCAAUGGUAAAGACAUGAAGUGUGAGUGGGAGCUUCUGGAACAGAAGGCUGUGACCUGGAUGCGCGCCCAUGCAGGUUCUACCAUGCAUUCACUUGUGAAAGCUGCUAUUACUUUCCUGAACUCAUCUGUGGAUCCUGCCAUCUUUGCUUUCUGAGGAUACCAUCCAGAAAAAGAAGUGGCUCUUCUUGGCUACUGUCACUUUCUUUACUGUCUUUAUGAUAUGAUGUGUUUUUGUGUUUUAUACCUCUCUUACCAAUUUUUUUUGCCAUAAAAAUAAAAUAUGCCCCACCCCACCUUGGCUCUCUGUUCCUGCUUCCCUUUGGAAUCUUCUUUUCCUGAUCUUCUUUUCCUCAACAUGUCACUUCACACAAGUGACAGUGGCCCCAGAAUCUGUUCCUCUUCUUGAAGGGGUGCAAAGCAUUUGUACAGUAUAUGUUCCUCCCAGGUUUUCUAGAAUGAUAACAUGAAAAACAGAUAAAACUACAGAUUAAAAAUUGAAGCAUUGAUGUUAGGGAAUGUCCGAAUCAAACAGUGUUCUGCAUUAUGUUUGUCUAUUCACUUUCAAUCGUAUGUACUUAUCAGGACCACACUGGUAAAGCUUUGAAGUUUUUCAUUCUUAGAGGAGGGGUUAAAGGGAGGUUAAAAACCAACAUCAGGAUCAAUGUAGCCUCAAAAUCACUAAGAAAGAAACUCAAGGGAUCCAUUGUCAGAAUUGACAUUGUUGAGGAUCUUGAUUAAUUCCGCUAGUGCUUUGCCAGCCUGUGCUACAUUCCUUUCCUCCCACUGCCUAAGAGACUUGGGUUGAGUUAUACCUGUUGGAAACAGAUGUUCUUCCUUAGUCAUUAAACAUCUUAAUAAGAAGGCUAUAAUGGAAUCCUUAAUCUUAGCCUGAACCUGUGGGCCUUUAAGUCAAGCUCUGAUGUAGUUUUAUAAAGGGAAGAGUAGGUUUGACAGCAGCUUAGCCUAGGACCUGAUCAUGGAUCCCUUACUGCCUGAGGAAAAAAGGAGCUUCCCAAGAUCGCUUCUGACCCUUAUGCCUCACACAUGCUAUCCUAGUGGAAAUGAUGCCAUUUGAUAUAUUGUCACCUAAAAUAACUGUGUAUCAAUAUUAAAAUGACUAUUUGUAUCCUU